AUGACCAAGUCCCUUCCAGUCAAAGAGCUCCACGAAAAGCUCAAGCAUAAGACCACCACGGACAAAUGGGACAUCUUAGUCUCAUAUUCGGAGAAGCAACUGAAUCAAUUUUUGAAGAAGACCUGGGAUGCCUCAGCCUCAGUCGAUUUCACCAAUGUUCACUUUGAGCAGAACCUGGGGCAUGGCAAACAUGCCUACACCCAGAUGUACGAUCUGAGAUUCCAUGCCCCUGAUCUCGAGUUCGACACCACGUCUGGAUAUGUUUACUUGACGAUGCCACUCAGUGGCAAGUCUCGCGCCACAGAUGACAAACCCGAGGAUGCCAUCGAAAUCCCAGAGGGUCACUAUAGUUUUAAGGUCCGGACCCAAAUCGUGGGAAUGAAAGGCGACGGUGGUUCACAGACGAGUGACAGUCUCUUCCAUUUCGAUGACAACUCCGAGAGCACAUACUACAUCACUUUCCACUUUGACACCCAGAAUUCAAAUUGGCAAUGCUUGGUGAAAGAUAAAUCUGACCCGGCCCUCACAAACGACUUGAAUCAACUGGUCAACGAGGUCAAAAACUGGUUCGCAGCGCACGACAAUGUCCAAUGGAUUGAUUAUAGCAUGGCAGAGGUGUCUAAUAGCUCCCCAAACUCCGAGUCUGCCAGCGACGACCUGCUCACACCGUCGAAGUUUGUUUUUUCGUGUCAGCCCGGGGUGUUGAGUGUCUUCAUCCACUCCAAGGGAGGCACCAGAGGGCUAGGAAACAACCCUCCACAGUUCGGGUUGGAACAUGAGCAGCAUGUCACCCCAGUGCCCACGGAGUAUCAUGCCAGUAUCAUCAUCUCACGAGAGCUGUUCCUCGAAACAUACCUGGUGAAGAACAUCAAGAAACUGGCCUCGAGCCUCUCUAAGAAUGAUCCCGUUAAGAUCAUAAGCGUCGACAAUGGAUUGAAGCUGGAAUUGCGUUACGACAAAGACAAAGUGAUUAAAUGCGCCAACUUCCGAAGUUAUAGCUACGACAUGGCAUUUGAGGACUUGAAUGUGGACAUGAACACACACCCGUUGGUGCUCACCGUCGAAGAUGAUGCAAAUGACCUGACACCUAAAGCAUCGUGGAAGUGGGAUUUCUCUGGAGAAGUCGUAUAUACGAAUAUCCCCCACUUCAGGGGUCUACCUUUUCAGAUGUCGGUCAACCAUAAAACGGAUUUUGCCGAAAUCAACGGAAACGUGAUCAAUGCCACUAUCAAAUUUGGCGCAAACGAUCAACCGAAGGUUACGUUCGAUCGAAAAAACUUCGAUCGCCUCAUCAGUUUCAAAUUGGACACCUUUGAUCUUCACAUGCCACAACUGAACUUCUUCCGGACUCAGAACAUCUUUGCCCCAGGAAAGCAAAUGAUCAACGCCAAGAAGUUGAUGCUUCCGUAUGAUUUGGUGCUGCUGGGCGAUAUUAAUGUGGCGUAG